AUGUCGCUCGCAUCUGGUGUUUCCAUCGCGGAUGAGUGCAUCACUGCAUUCAACGACUUCCGCAUGAGCGGAGGCUCCAAGACAGACAAGACCAAGUUCAUUAUUUUCAAGAUCGCCGACAACAAGAAGGAAGUCGUCAUCGACGAGUCCUCCAAGGACGAGGACUACGAGGUCUUCCGCAGCAAGCUCGAGGCUGCUAAGGACAGCAAGGGUAACCCCGCUCCCCGCUACGCCGUCUAUGAUGUGGAAUACGAGCUCGGCGGUGGUGAGGGCAAGAGAAGCAAGAUCAUCUUCAUCUCUUGGGUCCCCAGCGACGCUCCCACUCUCUGGUCCAUGAUUUACGCCAGCACCCGCGAAAACUUGAAGAACGCCCUCAACAUCCACAACUCCAUCCACGCUGACGACAAGUCCGACAUUGAGUGGAAGACCGUCCUGGCCGAGGCCAGCGGUGGCAAGGCUGGUAAAUAAAUGACGGUGCCGGCUGGGUCCGGACCAGGGUAACUAUGCUGGUUGUUACAUCGCAACGCAUCAUCUCGAAUCGCGGCGGAACCAGGAACGAAACAGUUCUCUCCGAGUCUCCUGGCACACUCUUAGUUCAAUAUGAGAUUGUUACGACCUGACUCUGCUUUGUUCUCUUUUCCUAUACAUAGUUACCGUAUAAUCUUGAGCGAUUCUGGCAAUUUGUGGGGUUGACACCGACUGGGCAG